AUGAAAGAAAAGUGUCGCCUUUGUUUGGAGUAUUGCAAUUCCACAGACGCCACGCUGGUCAGCGAUGAUGAGUUGCGCGCCAAGCUAGAGUCGGUGUUUAAAUUUCCAGUACACGCAGAGGAUUCACUGCCCGAGCAAGUUUGCCGGGGUUGUAUAACGACUGUGUCAGAGUUCCAUGAGUUCAGUGUACGGGUACAGUCGAACCAGGAGCUCUUAUGGAUGCUGACGAAGGAGAAAAAAAUGCAACCCUUCGAGGUGGUAAAAAUUGAGGCUCCAGAAGACGAAAAUUAUUAUUAUGGCGCUGAAAUCGAUGAACCCAUCGACAAAUCUGCAAACGACUCAGUGGCCACUGGAAGUGAACCUACAAUGCAAACAGUAUACGCUCUCGAUAUCGAGUGCGUUGAAAGCAAUGGAUUCGUGGAGGAGGACGAGGAAGAGGAGGAUGAUGAGGACGACGAUGAUUUCGUGCCCAAAGUUGAUCCCAAAGAUGGCACACUAAAACCACCAACGAAGCGUCGUCGCAAGGUGACAAAAGCUGGAAGACCUUCGAGAAAUUCAGAACGUGCACCAAAGACAGACAAGCCGGGAUUGGAUAAGCUCGAUAUGGAGGAGAUGGCCAAACAUAUCGAGGAUGACAAGCGGAUACAAGAGUUUUACAAAUUUGAUUGUGAGGUCUGUGGAAUACCGCUGGAAAGCCUGGCUUACCUACAAGUACACUAUCGACGCGAGCACAGCAUGAAGGGAUACAUUCGCUGCUGCGAGAAACUAUUGUACAGGCGCUUUCAGUUGCUAGAUCACAUGGCUGCACAUGAGGGUACUAUCAAGUGCCAGGUAUGCCAGAAAAAUUAUAAGAGUAGUCGCUACCUUGCGCUACAUAUGAUGAAAAGCCACAGUCGGGAAGAAGAUCGGCCCUUUAAAUGUGACAAGUGUCACCAAUCGUUUCACAAGGAGCAUCUGUUAAAGGCGCACCAAGCUAACCAUUUGUCGGAAAAAUGUCCCAUCUGCGAGAAGGUCGUCUCUUCGAAGUAUGCACUAAAAACGCACGUGGCUCAUAUGCACGGGAAUGACGGAAAUCAGAUUUGUGAUGUUUGCGGCAAAGAGUUUCGCACAAAACAAGCCAUGGAGCGACACAUUAACGAGCAUAUGGGCGUUGAGGUGGUACAAAAAGUACAAUGCCACGUGUGUCAGCGGUGGUUCCACGGAAAGUACAACCUGCGGAAGCACAUACGAUUCAUGCACAUCGAGGGUGGCAAGGUGUUUGCCUGUGACCUAUGUUCGCACGAGAGUCCUAACAGUCGCGCUUUGCUCGACCAUAAGAAACGGGUGCACGUGGUAGAGCGCUUCGAAUGCGAACUGUGUGGCAAACGUUUUAAACGAAAGCUUUACCUGCGUGAACACAUAGCCUCUCACACUGGCAAGCCAUUAUACGAGUGUGGAAUCUGUGAUGCCAAGUUUAACUCGAAUGCAAAUUGCUACAACCACAGGAAAAGCAAACAUCCCGAAGAAUGGCAAGCCCGCAGGCAGGCUUUCCACGAGGCCCAACGUAAAGCUCCUCCCAGUAGUGAAUUGAAAAAGGAGUGUUCCUAG